AUGGAGCAACACAACUCUUCCAGCUUCAUCUCCUUCAUCCUAAACUCCUCCAACUCUAAUGCCUCCUUCCUCAGUCCUGCACCCAUCCCUUGGAACCGUGAUGGUCUGGCCUCUGGCGUGGUCCUGUCUCUUUGCUUCCUUAUCGGCAUACCCGGGAACAUCGCAGUGAUAGUUGUCCUCUGUCUGAACCACGAUCUAUCCAGUUUGAGCCGGAGACUGAUGUUGAACUUGGCUGCAUCAGACCUGCUAUGCCUUGUCACUCUGCCUGCAUGGAUCCACAGCAUUCUGUUUAGCUGGAUAAUGGGUCGGGCUAUUUGCAAGAUAAUGUCCUUCCUGAUUUACUGUAGCAUCUACACCAGCUUGCUGACUAUCACGCUUCUGAGCAUCCAGCGUUACCUCCAGGUUCUGUAUCCACAGACUUGGGCCUUGCUGGGAGUGGCAAAGGAAAGAGGACUGCUGGUUGUCCUGUGGGGGGCCGCCGGGGUCCUAUCUAUCCCUUAUUGGGUGGUGCGAGAUUUGAAGCAGGAUGAGAAUGGACAUUUCCAGUGUAUGUUUGUUUUCGCGUCAGACGCUCAGCAAGUGGCCGUGUUGCUCUUACAGACUGUUCUGGGAUUUGUAGUUCCUUUCUCCAUCAUGGCCACGGCCUAUAUCCGCCUCCACCGAAGAGUGAACCAAACAGCGUUUUUCAGGAGCCCCAAGAUGACCAGAUUAGUGACCAGUAUAAUAGUGACAUUUUCCGUUCUUUGGACUCCUCACCAUGUCAUGAACUUGCUGGGAUUGUCAGCAAUCUUUGUAGGGGAUAAGGCUCUGAGAGGAGUCUGGGAGGCCCAUUGGAGAAUUGUUGGAUCUCUGACCUUCAUCAACAGCUGUUUGGAUCCAUUCCUCUACGCCUUUGCCUGCAGAAACACCCACCCAGAGAACAGUACCAAUCCAGUCUGA